AUGGUGGGGGACAGCCCUGGGAAGGGCCACGGCAGUGGUGCAGGAUGCGGCCCUGGGAGCAGCACCUGCCCCGAGGUCCCCUUCGUCCUGGACAAGAGGAGCCACCCCGGGGUGCGGGGGGGAAAGGGCCCUUCCCAGGGGGUCACCACGCUCUCCGUGGAGACCGGCAGCUCCUUCCCACAGCUUGACAUGCACCAGUCCCUUGAGCCCCCUGGGCAGCAGCCCCUGGGCUGUGGCAAGUGCAGCCCCAUGGGCAGUGAUGCUGGGAAAGCUGCUGGGUGCAGCGGGGGCAGCGGAGGCAUCGGGAAGGGGCCGGUGAUCUGCAGUGCUGUAUGUGGGAACCCCUAUGCGGGGCUGGUGAGCCACCUGCGGGCAGCCUGGCUUUCAGGGAAGACGCGGCCCAUGGAGUACCGUGUGGCUCAGCUGGAGGCCCUGGGACGCUUUCUGGAUGAGAAGAAGCAGGACAUCCUGGAGGCCACCGCCGCAGACAUGGGCAAGCCGUCCUUUGAGGCUUACUUCACUGAGAUCCUCCUCUGCAAGAACGAGCUCAACAGCACCCUGAACAACCUAUGCCACUGGAUGAAGGACGAGCACGUGGACAAGAGUCUGGUGACGCAGCUGGACUGUGCCUUCAUCCGCAAGGACCCGUAUGGGGUGGUGCUCAUCAUCGCGCCCUGGAACUACCCCAUCCACCUCUUCCUGGUGCCCCUCAUCGGGGCCAUCGCUGCCGGUAACUGUGUUGUUGUCAAACCCUCGGAGACGACCAAGAACAGCGAGAGACUUAUUGCUGAAAUGCUGACCUGCUACCUGGACAAUGACUGCUUUGCUGUGGUGACUGCUGGCGUGCAGGAGACCACCAGACUGCUGGAGAACAAGUUCGACUACAUCUUCUUCACUGGCAGCCCCUCCGUGGGGAGGAUCGUGAUGACAGCUGCUGCCAAGCACCUGACGCCCGUGACGCUGGAGCUGGGGGGCAAGAACCCCUGCUACGUGUCCGACUCCUGCGAUGUGCAGAACGUGGCCCGGCGGGUGGCCUGGGGCCGCUUUUUCAACGCGGGGCAGACCUGCCUCGCACCUGACUACGUGCUGUGCAGUGUGGAGAUGCAGGAGAAGCUGAUGCCCGCUCUGCGUGAGGCCAUCACUGAGUUUUUUGGCUCCAACCCUCGGGAGUCCCCCGACUUUGGCCGCAUUGUGGGGGAUAAGCAGUUCCGCCGCAUCCGGGCGCUGCUGUGCAGUGGACGCGUGGCCAUCGGAGGACAGACGGACGAGAAGGAGCGCUACAUCGCUCCCACGGUCCUGGCAGACGUGCUGCCCUCUGAUCCGGCCAUGCAGGAGGAGAUCUUUGGGCCCAUCCUGCCUAUUGUCGUUGUGGCCAACAUGGAUGAAGCCAUUGACUUUAUCAAUGCGCGGCCGCAACCGCUGGCUAUCUAUGCCUUCUCCUGUGACAGCAAGGUGGUGAACCAGGUGCUGGAGCGGACAAGCAGCGGUGGCUUCUGUGGCAACGACACCCUGAUGCACGUGACGUUGACCUCGCUGCCCUUCGGUGGGAUCGGAAACAGCGGCUUGGGGAAAUACCACGGCAAGUUCACCUUCGACACCUUCACCCACCACCGCGGCUGCCUGCACCGCAACAUGGGCCUGGAGGCCCUCAAUGCCCUGCGCUACCCGCCCUACAGCCAGCAGAAGCUGGGGCUCUUGACGGCCACCUUCGAGAUCAAGCGCAAGGGCAUGUGCACCCUGCUCUGA